CUGACACCCGUGCACCGCGCGAGCAUCGCCUCUGAAGGCGCCCCGGGUCCGGUCGAGGGCAGCGGGGGGAGGAGAGAAGGAGGAGGAGGAGGAGGCGGGAGCAGCAUCCGGAGCCGAGCUGCAGCAGCGCCGCCUUUUGUGCUGCGGCCGCGGAGCCCCCGAGGGCCCAUCGCUCACCGCCACAUUGGGGCCUAGAGGCCAUGGCCUGCCUCCAUGAGACCCGCACACCCUCCCCUUCCUUUGGGGGUUUCGUGUCCACCCUCAGCGAGGCGUCCAUGCGCAAGCUGGACCCAGACACUUCUGACUGCACCCCUGAGAAAGACCUGACGCCUACCCAGUGUGUACUUCGAGAUGUAGUGCCACUGGGCGGGCAGGGCGGGGGUGGACCCAGCCCCUCCCCAGGUGGAGAGCCACCUCCUGAGCCUUUUGCCAACAGUGUCCUGCAGCUACAUGAGCAGGAUGCAGGAGGCCCAGGGGGAGCCGCUGGGUCCCCUGAGAGUCGGGUGCCCAGAGUUCGAGCAGAUGAGGUGCGGCUGCAGUGCCAGAGCGGCAGUGGCUUCCUGGAAGGCCUCUUUGGCUGCCUGCGCCCUGUCUGGACCAUGAUCGGCAAAGCCUACUCCACGGAGCACAAGCAGCAGCAGGAAGACCUUUGGGAGGUGCCCUUUGAGGAAAUCCUGGAUCUGCAGUGGGUGGGCUCAGGGGCCCAGGGUGCUGUCUUCCUGGGGCGUUUCCAUGGGGAAGAGGUGGCUGUGAAGAAGGUACGGGACCUGAAGGAGACUGACAUCAAGCACCUGCGAAAGCUAAAGCACCCCAACAUCAUCACUUUCAAGGGUGUGUGCACCCAGGCUCCCUGCUACUGUAUCCUCAUGGAGUUCUGCGCCCAGGGCCAGCUGUAUGAGGUACUGCGGGCUGGCCGCCCUGUCACCCCUUCCUUGCUGGUUGACUGGUCCAUGGGCAUCGCUGGUGGCAUGAACUACCUGCACCUGCACAAGAUUAUCCAUAGAGACCUCAAGUCCCCCAACAUGCUAAUCACAUACGACGAUGUGGUGAAGAUCUCCGAUUUUGGCACUUCCAAGGAGUUGAGUGACAAGAGCACCAAGAUGUCCUUUGCAGGAACAGUAGCCUGGAUGGCCCCUGAAGUAAUUCGUAACGAGCCUGUGUCUGAGAAGGUCGACAUCUGGUCCUUUGGCGUGGUGCUAUGGGAACUCCUGACUGGUGAGAUUCCCUACAAAGAUGUAGAUUCCUCAGCCAUCAUCUGGGGUGUGGGAAGCAACAGUCUCCAUCUGCCUGUGCCCUCCAGCUGCCCAGAUGGCUUCAAAAUCCUGCUUCGCCAGUGCUGGAACAGCAAACCACGAAAUCGUCCCUCAUUCCGACAGAUCCUGCUCCAUCUAGACAUUGCCUCAGCAGAUGUCCUUUCCACACCCCAGGAGACUUAUUUUAAGUCCCAGGCAGAGUGGCGUGAAGAGGUAAAGCUGCAUUUUGAAAAAAUUAAGUCAGAAGGGACAUGUCUGCACCGCCUAGAAGAGGAGCUGGUGAUGCGGAGGAGGGAGGAGCUCAGACAUGCCUUGGACAUCAGGGAACACUAUGAACGGAAGCUGGAGAGAGCCAACAACCUGUACAUGGAACUUAAUGCCCUUAUGUUGCAACUGGAACUUAAGGAGCGGGAGCUCCUCAGGAGGGAACAAGCUUUAGAGCGGAGGUGCCCAGGUCUGCUGAAGUCACACCCUUCGCGGGGCCUCCUGCAUGGGAACACAAUGGAGAAGCUCAUCAAGAAGAGGAAUGUUCCACAGAAGCUGUCACCCCACAGCAAAAGGCCAGAUAUCCUCAAGACUGAGUCUUUGCUACCAAAACUAGAUGCAGCCCUGAGUGGGGUGGGUCUUCCUGGGUGUCCUAAGGGUCCCCCCUCACCAGGACGGAAUCGCCGUGGCAAGACCCGUCAUCGCAAAGCCAGCGCCAAGGGCAGCUGUGGGGACCUGCCUGGGCUUCGUGCAGCUGUGCCACCCCAUGAACCUGGGGGACCAGGAAGCCCAGGGGUGCUAGGAGGGGGACCCUCAGCUUGGGAAGCCUGCCCUCCAGCCCUCCGUGGGCUCCAUCAUGACCUCCUGCUACGAAAGAUGUCCUCUUCAUCCCCAGAUCUGCUGUCAGCAGCACUGGGAGCCCGAGGCCGGGGGGCCACAGGGGGAACUGGGGAUCCUGGCUCACCACCUCCAGCCCGGGGUGACACCCCCCCAAGUGAGGGCUCAGCACCUGGCUCCACCAGCCCGGAUUCACCUGGGGGAGCCAAAGGGGAGCCACCUCCACCAGUAGGGCCUGGUGAUGGCGUGGGGCUGCUGGGAACUGGAAGGGAAGGGACAGCGGGACGGGGAGGAAGCCGGGCUGGGUCCCAGCACUUGACCCCAGCUGCACUACUGUACAGGGCUGCUGUCACCAGAAGUCAGAAACGUGGCAUAUCAUCAGAGGAAGAGGAAGGGGAAGUAGACAGUGAAGUAGAGCUGACAUCAAGCCACAGGUGGCCUCAGGGCCUGAACAUGCGCCAGUCACUAUCUACCUUCAGCUCAGAGAAUCCAUCAGAUGGGGAGGAAGGCACAGCUAGUGAGCCGUCCCCCAGUGGCACACCUGAUGUUGGCAGUACCAACACUGAUGAGCGGCCAGAUGAACGGUCUGAUGACAUGUGCUCCCAGGGAUCAGAAAUCCCACUAGACCAACCUGCUUCAGAGGUGGUUACAGGCCCUGAACCCUCCUUGCCCAUUCAGCACCAGGACCUACUCAGGGGAGAGCAGGGCCCUCCCAAUUCCGAGGACUCAGACUGUGACAGCACUGAACUGGACAACCCCAACAGUGGCGAAGCCUUGCAGCCCCCAGCCUCCCUCCCUCCAUGAAAGCCACUCUUGUUCUUGUACAUAGGAAUAUUUAUAUAAAUAAUAUAUAUAUGCGCCACAUAAUCAACAGAGAAAGACAGGGCUAUCCCAGCCUUAAGUCAGGCUCAAGAGACUGACCCCCUGACCAAUUCACCUAACUGGCAGCUGUGGAAAUGAACAACAAGGACUGCCCUAGAUCUGUGGCUCAGGGCAAACCGGCCCCUCCCUGCUUGGCCCGGUUAUGUUCAACAAGCAGUCAGGCAGCAGCAAAGCCCAACUUGCCUCCUAUGGUCCUUCCCCCCCCCCCCC